UUACAUUAACAAGAAGAACAAACCUUUGUGAACAGCGGAUUCUUCAAUGAGGAAAACAGUUGGGAAAUUUCAAUAAAUUCAAAGCUCACAUAGAGGAGAGCAUCCUUUAUCAAGAACUUGAUGAUUACCCAGAACCGGAAGAUCACUUUCCAUUCGCCCUCGAUUUCCUCGAUGACAAAUAUCGACAAUUCAAACAAAAAAUAUUCAAUGGGUUCGAUGAACAUGGUAAACCCAUUUUUAUUGAGAGUGAUGGUCUAUCUCAAACGGCUCAUGAGGAUAGUAAUACCGAGUGCAUCGAUUAUUCGAGCUCUACUUUUAUUCCUAGCCAUGCAAAGGUUGGGAAUGUCAUCGUUGACCACACAAAGAGUACAUUGAAUGACCUCCAUCAGCUCCUCGAAAAGGAAUAUCGCCAGGAAACUCAAAAAAUCGAGGAAACCCCACAACAAAAUAAAAAGACUAAACCGAUGGGCUUCUUUUACCGCAUCUUCAGUCCCAUGAAGAUAAAGCAGAUACGGAUAAUAAACACCACCUCAACCUCGGGCUCCAAACAGCUUCAAAUCGUUCAAGUGGACGAUAAACCGAAACCAGAAAAAGUCGAAAAGGUGCAAGAAGAAGUACCUGAAAAACCACCUACUCCUAAACCAGAACCUCCAAAAAGCCCUGCUGAAGACACCGAGGAUCAGAGUUUCGACAAAGAAAUCUUUAUGGCAAAUCUUCAAUUGCAAAGCACUAAGAAGAUAAAAAUUAAGACUCCUGAAAAAGAGAAAGAGAAGACGUCAGAAAAAGAAGCAGUGUAUGUAUAUGAAUAUGUCGAGCCUGAUAAAGAAGAGAUAAAGCGAUUCGCUGAGAAAAAAGAUAGGGAAUUGGCUCUUCAAAAGAAACUAGAUGAGAGGAACGAUGAAUAUUACGUGAGCAAAAAACGGAAGAAGUCCAAACAUUCAAAGAAUGAAUCCGUACACAAAAAGUGAAAAUUGCAUGCGGAAAUUACAUCAAAUGAGGAGGAAGAUCUGUAAUUGAAGGUCAAAAUAACUCCACAUAAUAGUCAUAAGCACAAACAUCACAGAAGUUCCCAAAAUUACGCGGAUGAAACAUACGAGAUCAGCACUAAAGAGAAGCUUUUACAAAUGAGACAAGUCAGACAUAAACACGUCGGUAGCGAGGAUAAAACUGUACAGACUGUGUCCACGAGUAACGUGAAUACCACUAAACAGUCAAUUGUAGAUAAAAUACAAGAGAAAAUAAAAUUGAAUAAAGCACAAGAAUUCGAGAGGAAGAUAGAAAGUGACAGCAAACAGGUCAGGUUUAUUGAAACUCCUGAAACGUCAGACUCCUCAAACGAGAAAAAGGAAGAAGAGAUCAAAAGUAUAACGAUAAAUCUCGUCAAAAACUCUAAAGACGGUAAGAAACCCAGUGUAAAUAUCGUGAAUAAAGAUGUUAGACCGGCUAUUAAAGAGUGAGGCGUCACUGAAAAAACAGUUCCUGUAUUGAAAUUCGAAAGAUCAGAUAGUGAAAAACAAAAAACUUUCCUGAAAUCUUUCCAAUCUUAUACAGAAAAAUACAAUAUAGAAAAAAUCAAACAUAACACGAUGGAGGCGAAGCGUAAACAGAACCUGGCAAAGAUGAGUAACGCUCAACCGCAGUAUACCAUUGAGCCGAGGAAAAUUAGCUCCCCUCCUGCAAAUACCCCUAAGCACGAGAAAGUUGAAGACGCCACCUCGAAGAUCCUGCACAAGUACCCUCCAGGUUUCACCGUUAGCAAAAUAGAGGCUGGCGUUAAGAGAAAAACAGAGAACGAUGGAGAGAUGCCAGAUAAACGGCCAAGUUUGGAGAUAACUUUGAUACCUCCAACAUCCCGAAGCCAAUUCGUGGCAAACAGAGUGGCUGCUGAAAAGGUCGUCCAAAAGAGGCCGCUAUCUUCAACGAUUCCUCUGGAUAGGAUCCGGAAGAGUAUCAACUUGAAAUCUGUUAUAAGUAUCAUACCUAAAACGCCUGAUGUCUGUGAUAGCAUAGGAGCUCUAGAUUUGUCGAACAAAAGUCCUGAUAGUUCCCCCAAACCCGCGACCACAAUCACCAAAAACGGCAUCAACAUGAUGAUCACCAAUAGGAACCUAGGAGCUCUCAAAUCAAUGCCUAACGCUGAGAAGUCUUCGAAUCUGAGCAACUUGCAAAUGCUGUCUAUAGUGGCUUCUGAGCAUCCCAUAAUGAAUAAACUGCAGCAGCCAGCCCAAAACAUCGCAAAAUCUCCAAGACCCAAUAGUUUGCAUUCUAUGAACUCUACCACGAUACAAACCUCCACUCCCACAACUUCUGCCUCGUUGAACCCGAGGCCGAUCCUGCCCCACAACAAAACAAAAAGGUAGGAUCAUUCAUUCUUCGAAAUUAAAAAUGAAUUCGAGAAACGCAAUAAACAUAUCAAUAUGGUGAAAAACUCUAACAAAUCCCGUUAGUCACAAUGGUUGAUGAAUUUGAUGACUCCCAAGGAGCUGUUGGAGGUCUCCAAAUAGCUGAACUCCCAGAAAUCAAACUAUUCGGAAGAUGGAAUUGCGAGGAUAUGCAAGUGAAUGACAUUUCUCUGCAGGAUUAUAUUG